UCCCAUUAAAAGUUGAAGAUAAGGAUUCAGCAUUCCAUUUCCCCACACAUUAAUUCAUUUAAUUAUUAAAUAUAAAACGUGAUUUUUGGUCACUCUCUACGCCACGUCAGCAGAUACGUCUUCAAUCUAGUUUUUCUUCGCUAUUUCUCCGCCGGCGAACGUUAUCCUCUCUCUCUCUCUCUGUAACGGUAAACUACAGAACAAGGGUAGCGUCAAACACGUUCCUCUUAUUCUCUUUCUUUUUUGUUUUAUUUGCGAUUCCAUCCAACCAAUAAUAAUGGAUGUUAUGCUGGGUCCCGCUUUUUCCAUCGACGUUCCCUCGUCACCACCCUACGCCGGUAACGUCUUUUUCGACGGCGAUUCAUCGGGGAGUUCGUCUUCGAUCGGAACACCGGAUGACAGCGACAUCGAAAACGACAACGUUUCGCCGAAGAGAAAUCGGGAAGAAGACGAUGAAGAUGAAGUUCAGAGCAAAUUUAAGGGUUUGAACUCGCUUGAUUCUUUAGAAGAUUCUCUUCCCAUAAACAGGAAGGGAUUAUCAAAUCAUUUUAUUGGAAAAUCAAAGUCAUUCUCGGAUCUAUCUCAAGUGACAAAUGUGAAGGAACUAAAGAAGCAAGAGAAUCCAUUCAACAAGAGGAGAAGAGUUUUGAUUGCAUCUAAGUUAUCAAGAAAAUCUUCAUUUUAUUCAUGUUUCAAUCCAAAAUCAAUGCCCCUUUUGCCUGUGGAUGAGCAUGACGACGACGAUGACGAAGAAGAUUACGAAAAUGAAGGAGAAUAUAAUAAAGAAGACACAACAAAAGGGUCACCUUCAUCUUCAUCUUCUUCUAUAGAGGAAAAGAAGAAUCCACAAGAAGUGAUGAUGAGACAAUUCAACAACAAUAGAAUGCCUCAUUCUUAUGCUAAUCAUAUGAGGCUUAGAUUAGGGAGUUUCAAGUCUAGGAGUUUUUCUCUUGCAGAUCUACAAGAACAUGAUGAGGUUGAGGAGGAAGAAGUUAUUGAUCACGAUGAAGACAAUGAUGAACAACAUUUGGAUUAAAAAGUACAAGUGUUUGUAUGUAACUAGUAAUGAACUCUUAAUUUCAUUUUUUGUAUAGCUUUAAUUAUUAUUUUUUAGUUUUUGUUGGUAUUAUAGAGGGAACUUUUACUUAUUAAAGAUAUAAAGUAAGAUCAGUGCUGGUUGGGAUGGUGUAGUGGAACAUGAUAAUAGUCUCCACAUGUUGAACAAUUUAUUGGAUGAGAUCUUGCUCUUCUAAAAUGAAAAACUUAUUUUAGAUUAUAAA